AUACAUUAUCCUGAUGAGGAUGAUAGCACGUGCUCUAAACUAAUGCAGCAUCUCUAGGGCUCAGCAGCAAGCGGGAUAUGGACCACAGUGCCCAGGCAGGCUCAUAAGKGCUUCCCUAGAGGUAUCUGCUCCUGUAACAGGCACAGCGCGAUGGCUGGAGCUCAGGGAGGACUCUCAGGAUCCUUCCCAGAACACCAGGUUCGGCCAAGUCCAGACUCCGACUCUGACUCCGACUCCGAGGACCCAGCCACGGGCAGCACGGGAGCUGGCUCGGGCUUGCAGAACUCUUCUCAGGUCAUACAUAGUGGCCACUUCAUGGUGUCAUCUCCGCACAGCGACUUGCUACCUCGGCGGCGUCACCACCCCACUGAGCGUGAACCUGCUGAUCCCCGGAGCAUUGACCCGACCCUCACCCGGCUCUUCGAGUGCAUGAGCCUGGAGUACAGUGGGAAGCUGGUGUCUCCAAAGUGGAAGAAUUUCAAGGGGCUGCRGCUGCUUUGCCGGGAUAAAAUCCGUCUCAACAAUGCUAUCUGGAGAGCGUGGUACAUCCACUAUGUGGAAAGGAGGAAGAAUCCCAUAUGUGGCUUUGUCACUCCCCUGGAGGGAUCAGAGGCUGAUGAGCACCGAAAACCAGAGGCCGUCGUCCUUGAGGGCAACUACUGGAAGCGCCGCAUCGAGGUGGUGAUGAGGGAGUACCACAAGUGGAGGAUAUACUACAAGAAGCGGCUCCGAAAGUCCAGCCGGGAGGGUGAGCUCUCCAGCCCAAAGCGGGAUGAGGAUGUCUGGAGGCCAACAGAAAAAUGGUGCAACCAGCUAUUCUGCAAUGUGGUGCCCAUGCUGCUUGGGGAUGAGGAAGAGGACCCUGGGGGUAGGCAGCACUUCGACUUGGAUAGCUUCCUCUCAGACAUCUCUGACACCCUCUUCACCAUGACACAGACGCCUAGUGCCCACCAGGAGCUCCCAGAGGAUGCUUAUACUGGGAAUGCUGAUAUGAUCCAUCCGGACUUGGCCCCCCUGCAACCCAGCCUGGAUGAUAUCAUGGAGAUCUCAGAUAUUUUCACCAGCCAGCGGCCGCUGCCUUCGCAGACACAGCUGGGCUACGAGGAGCCGCCCUGCUUCACGCCCAUGGCCGAGCCCCCAUACAGCAGCAGCAGUGGCAGCGCGGCCGCCCUGCCCACCCUCCCCGCCAGUGCCCUCGUGGGGCCCCGGGCGCUGCCYGCCAGCCCCGACACCCCGUUGCCUCCCAGCAGCCUCUUGCAGGGCAGCAGCACGGCCCAGCUCAGCCUCCACGGCGCCUUCCUGGGCUCCCAAUUCCCCCCAGCUCCAGUGGCCUCCGACUCGCCCGCUUUGGCGCAGGGCAGCCUCAGCCCCGCGCUCCAGCACAAGCCCUCGCUGCAGUACCCAUUUCCCAGCAAGUGCCUCAGUGUGGAGCCCUUCGCUUCCCCCUACUCCAGCCCGAGCCCGUCGCCCAGCACGCCACUUCUAGACCGCAGUCCUCACUACCCGCCCGCCUCUGUGCCCCGCUCCACGCUCCCCUACCCCGGCUCCCCCGGCUCCUCGCUCAUCUCGGCUUCGCCGCUCUCCGCGCCGUGCUUUGCUCCGCAUGCCCCGGCCAUUGGCUACCCCAUGGACCUGAUGCCUCCAGGAUACCCAGCCCUGGGCGGCCCCCAGCACCUGCCCCACGCGGUGCUGAGCAGCCCCAGGUUUGCAGUGCCCAAAGAGCUGGCGCAGAGCGGGGGCGGCCGGCCGAAGGCAAAGCCCAGCAGCAGCAGCAAGGCAAGAAGAGCCCAGGGGCCGCUGGUGCCACCACACCCGGCUGUGCCCAACCCCUGCCUGACCCAGCUGCUGACCACAGCCAAACAGGAGCCGACGCUGGAUGCCCCCCACACGCACAGCGCUGGGCUCAUGCCCGCAGCGCCCGCCUCCCCGCAGCACAGUGGUGUCUCCGAUGUCCCUUCCGCCCUCCUGCCCAGAAUGGCCCAGCUGAGCCCAGGACCUGUAGCUGGCUCCAGCCCUUGCCCGGCUCUGCUGGGCCCGCCAGACCUGCUGCUGGUACCCAAGGUGGAGCAGCUUUCCCCCACGCUGGCCUGUGGCAGCGACUGGCCCAAGCCCAGCCAGGCAUCUCGCAGCCCCCCCAGCRCACUGGGCCCUGGCAUCGCCCUGCACCCCCACGCUGCCCGUCGGGGCAGGACGGAGUCCAGCAAGACCGAGAGCCGCCGCAUCACGCACAUCUCCGCCGAGCAGAAGAGACGCUUCAACAUCAAGCUGGGCUUUGACACGCUGCACAGCCUGGUGAGCACACUGAGUGCCCAGCCCAGCAUCAAGGUCAGCAAGGCCACCACCUUGCAGAAGACAGCAGAAUACAUCUGCAAGCUGCAGCAGGAGCGCGCAGCCCUGCAGGAUGAGGCGCAGCGGCUGCGGGAGCAGAUCGAGGAGCUCAACGGCUCCAUCAACCUGUGCCAGGAGCAGCUGCCCGCCACAGGGGUGCCCAUCACGCGCCAGCGCUUUGACCAGAUGCGCAGCAUGUUCGACGAGUACGUGCGCUCCUGCACGCUGCAGAACUGGAAGUUCUGGAUUUUCAGUAUCAUCAUUCGGCCUCUCUUYGAGUCCUUCAACGGCAUGGUCUCCACGGCCAGCAUGGAGAGCCUCACGCAGACGUCGCUUGCCUGGCUGGACCAGCACUGCUCUCUGCCGGCCCUUCGGCCCACYGUGCUGAGCUCUCUGCGCCAGCUGAGCAUCUCCACGUCCAUCCUCAGCGACCCGGCAUGUGUCCCCGAGCAGGCGGCGCGGGCAGUGGCGGGAGCGGGACACGGCACCGGCUCCUCCUAGCCGCCAGCGGCCUUCC